AUGGAUGAUAGAGUUGUGUUGAAGAUUUAUUGUUAUGGGCAGAUUUUGUUGCAAACAUACGAAGGAGUUCAAUUUGUGUGUGAAAAUCCAGUAGAUGUUGUUAUUCCGUUUACGUUGUCAUUUGAGGAAUUGAAAUGUGUGAUUUGUGAGAAGAUAGAUUCUCAAAGAUCUAGAAGAGUAUCCUAUAUUUUGUACAGGUAUCCUUUAUCUGUGUUUGGUGGGUUCGUUCAAUUUCAGACCAAGUACGUGACGGAUGAAGCGAGUAUGCAUGAAAUGUUUUCAAUGUAUAUGGAAAAUCGCCACCGAAUGUCUUAUAUCGAGUUGUAUGUUGAGUUUGAGCAAUCUGAAGCGGACCGUAACAUUGUGUUGGAAGAUUAUAAUAGUGAAAGCGAGGAUGAAUUUAAAAGUAACUAUGAGAUUGUUGGUCCAGGUGAACACGAAGAUGAAGCUGGCGGCGACAUGAAUGCAGAUGUGGCGGCAGUUGUAGAUGCACUAGCAAACCCGUAUCCGUUUCAGGAGCCUUCUUUCAUGCGGUCGUUGGAUUUGGAGGCUAUGCAUGCACCGGAGUUUCCGCAAUAUAUGAAUCCAGUGCUUCCUGUUGUGGCGGAUGGUGAGUUUACAGUGGGGAUGGAAUUCAGUUCAAGGGAGGCAGUAAUCAAGGCAAUGAAAGAUUAUACCAUCCGGAGAGGUGUAGACUAUCAGGUAUAUGAGUCGGAACCGACGACAUUCUAUGCCAAAUGUACAGAAUAUGGUAAUGGUUGUGACUGGUUGAUCAGGGUUACCAAAAUGCAGAAGAAGUACUGUUGGGAGAUAAGGAGGUACAACGGAAGUCACACCUGUACAAGGUCUACUAUUUCUCAAGACCAUUCGAAGCUGGAUACAAAGAUAGUUGCAGAAGCAAUUAAGCCAUUGGUAGAGGCUGACCCGUCUAUAAAGGUAAAAUCAAUAAUUGCUGAAUUCCAGUCAAAGUUUAACUACACCAUCAGUUAUCGCAAGGCUUGGUUAGCAAAGCAACAGGCGGUGGAAUCAAUUUUCGGAGGUUGGGAUGCAUCGUAUGAAGCUUUGCCCAUAUGGUUUGAGGCCAUGUGUCACAAGGAGCCAUCAGCAGUGGUUCACUUCGAAACAAUGCCUGCUUACCAGGGGGAUGAUUUGGUUCCUGAUAUACGUGUACUGCAUAGAGUCUACUGGAGUUAUUACCCUUGUAUAAGGGCCUUCAGACACUGCAAGCCAGUGGUCCAGGUGGACGGGACUCAUUUGUAUGGAAAAUACAAGGGUUGUUUAUUGGUUGCAGUCUCACAAAAUGGUAAUAACAACAUCGUGCCAAUUGCAUUCGCCAUAGUGGAGGGAGAGACUUCUGACGCAUGGUACUUUUUCCUGAGUAACUUGCAUCAACAUGUGGUGACACGUGAUGGUGUGGGACUCAUCUCUGAUCGACACGAUUCUAUUAGGUCAGCUAUUGAGAGAAGUAAUGGGGCUUGGUCUCUUCCUAGAGCGUUCCAUAUGUGUUGUAUCCGACAUAUUGAAUCCAACUUCUUGAGGAAGUUCAAGGCACCUUACUUGCAGAAGCUCAUAGUCAAUAUUGGAUACUCAAGGACCAUCAGGGAGUACCAGAUGCGCUAUGAACGAUUAAAGGAACGGGGUGAGGCUUACACCAACUGGCUUGAUCGGAUCCCACGUGAGUAG